GCACUCGAUUCACUCACAGAGAUGCCUUAUUCUCUCAUACGUGGAGGCACAGGGCUUAUCCCUAUAAGCAUGAUGACCGAGUAGCAGUUCGCUCUGCAUGGGACAUGCUCGGACCAUUAAUCAAAGGAAUCGAAAUUGACUUAAUCCCAGACAAUGCAAUCCAUGAUCCCAAGAAAUUGGUUGAUUACCUACAUAAGUGGAAAAUAACUCGAGUACUGUUCACUCCGUCAUUGCUGCAAGCGGUUUUGGAACUCCAAGGCAUGGAUUUGAAAGAAAAGCUUAAAUCUGUCAGGCAAAUCUGGUUGCAUGGAGAAGUGGUUACAACAAAACUGCGGGACAAGUUGUGUCACUUGUUGCCAUGGAUACAACUGCUCAACCUCUACAGAAUUUCCGAGUGUCUUGAUGUGGCCAUUGCUGAUAUUUCGCUAUCAGUGGCAACAGGAGAGGCGGGAAAAUAUUGUCCCGUGGGUAAAUUGCUUCCAAAGGUUCAUGCUGUCAUCAUGGAUGAACACCAAAACGUCAAAGCUAUUGGAGAACCUGGAGAGAUCUACAUAGGCAGUCCAACACUGGACUUGAACCAACCUGGCCUGAACGCGACACGCUUGAUAGAGCGACCGGCGCAUGUGAGUGCGUGUGUGGGGCAGAGACUGUACAGGACCGGCGACUGGGGAUUCCUGCUCAGCGACCGCACCCUGCACGUACAUGGUCGUUGCGACACCACUGUGCGCAUUCGCGGAUACUCCGUCCAACUGCAGGCUAUAGAGAGGACAUUACUAGAUGUGGCGAUGGUGAGUUCAUGCUGUGUGCAGGCAUAUGGAGAGGAAGGCACUGACAAGUAUCUAGUCGCUUACGUUGUUCAAGAACCUUCAACCAAAUUGAAUGUUGGUGAAGUGGGCCAAGCACAGAACAAACUGCGCAAUCUGCUCAAAGAGAGGCUGCCUCUCUACAUGAUACCGUCCAAAAUCAUCCUUCUUGACAAAUUUCCGAUUCACAUGGCUAGUGGUAAACUGGACAAGGAGAAGCUAGCUGAAAGCGAGAAGGGUGUUGAGCCAGGCUCGCUUCACUUGGAUGACCAGAGCAUGUCACCUACUGAGAAACUCAUUGCAUCGGUCUGGUGCAACUGCUUGAAUCUGAUGACAGUCGAUGUUAGCGAGAACUUUUUCGACUUGGGAGGACAUUCAUUGGCUGCGACUAGAGUAGUGAGUGAAAUCAAUGAGAAACUCAAUAAAAACCUGGACACCAGCUCAAUAUUCUUGUACCCAACUGUACAGAGUCUGGCGAAAUUUGUGCUGGGAAAUGGAGGCAGUGAGAAUAUCAAGUUGGUUGAAGAGUUGGACUCCAUUCAGAUUUCUUACCCCUCAGACCUUGAUUCCAAACUGAGAUCCUUCUGGGAAUCAUUGAAAUUGAAGAAAAAUAAGUGCAAUUUUGGAAAUAUUCUAAUAACUGGUGGAACAGGAUUUCUCGGAUCACACUUGAUCAGUGAACUGCUUAAAAAAACUCAGGGUCUCAUAUACUGCAUUGUUCGGAAGAGUCCAACAUGCUCAGCAAUGGAGAGAGUGAUUGAGGCUCAGAAACGUUUUGGAUUGCCUGAAGUCGAUGAAAACCUUCUGGAAAGAAUCAUUGCAAUUGAAGGUGACGUAUCUCUGCUGAAUCUGGGCCUCUCAGAUGAUGCCUACAAUUCCCUUGCACCAGAAAUUGACUUUAUAAUUCAUGCGUCAGCUAAAGUCAAUCUGAUAUUUCCUUUUCACUCGCUCUACGAGGAUAAUGUGAAGGCCACCAAAAAUAUCAUUCAGUUUGCUCUACACAACAAAGUCAAGCCCAUACAUUACAUAAGUACAAAUGCAGUAUUUGCCGACGGUAUGGUGGGUUGCGGUGAGGACAGUGACAUGUUUGCACAUGUGGAUCGUCUUCAAAGUGGUUACGGCCAAACUAAAUGGCUGGCCGAGCAACUUGUGUUGCGCGCUGCUAAAUCUGGAUUGCCAUGUGUUGUUUACAGAUUUGGCAAUCUAUCAGGCAGUACUAAGGUAGCCAGUUGUAAUCCGUCAGAUUUCACUCUGCACAUGAUCCAGGGUGUCAUCAGAACUGGGGCAGUGCCUGACAUCAAAUGGAAGAUUGAAAUGACGCCAAUUGAUUUUGUACAAGAAAUGUUUGUGGAGUUGUUUUUGGAUCUGGAUAACUCAAUGGGAAAAAUCUACCAUUUUGUGAAUGAGGACCAGCUUCCAUGCGAGGAAUUGUGGAAACUAAUGGAGAGAAGGGGCUACAAUUUGAAAUCACUGCCUUACAACGACUGGGCCAAACAAGUGCAUGCCAACGAAGACUUGAAACCUCUGUCACAUCUACUUCAAUC